AUGAUGAAUUCUUCGAAACCCUUGUCGAGAUGUGAAAUCAUAGGAAGGUCUUGUUCAGGACCAGUAUUCGUGCUCAAAAGGAAUGCAACGAUUGAAACCACACAAGGGCAGUCUUUGCUACAAGUAACUUGCAUUGAAAAGGAAGGUCCUCCAAGAACUAUUGCAAUGGAAUUGGCUUGUAUAGAACUUCAACCGAGGAUUCGGAAAACUUUGUUUUGCCACCAUUUUGCUGCAUAUCAUAACCCUUAUUGUUUUGUUCCAUUUGGCUCAAAUGGGCAAAGAGAAGAAGAGGGUAAAAGUGAAACAGAUGAAGAUGUGGACAUUGGUCCCGGGUUUUCUAGCAUGUCUGAAAUUGAGGAUGAUGGAAGUGAUAAUGAGGCUGCAAGAAGCCCAGCUGCUGUUGCAGAACAGAGUGAAGCUGCUGGAGCCAAGUAUGAUGAUGAGGGCCCUGACACGGAUGAAGAACUCUCUUUCGGAGGCCAUGGUCAAUCUGUUGCUGAGGCAUCA